AUGUCGAAACCCGUCACGAGGAGUGCGGAUUCCCUGAAGUCGUUGACUACAAAACUGAAGGGACUCAAAUUAUCUUUAAGUAAUAUUUGCGUAUUCGUUAAAAACUUCAAAGACGAUACUACCGCUGCUCAAAUCAAUGUCCGCCUUGAGAAGUUGGAUACGCUAUGGGUACAGAUUAGUGAAACUGUUUGGGAAAUCGAAGCGCACGAAGAUUUCGAGGAACAAGAAAGCCUUCAGACCAGCCAAGUGGAAAUGGAGAACCGCUACUACGAUGCGAAAUCGUUUCUAGUGGAGAAGGCUCAAGCGUUUCAGAGCGAUGCUAAUCAGAACCAAACGCUUCAUCCUGGAGACGCCACUCUACAUGGCGUGAUGGACCACGUUCGGCUGCCUCAAAUCAAGCUACAAUGUUUUGAUGGCAACAUCGAUGACUGGUUGAGUUUCAGGGAUCUCUACACUUCCUUGAUUCACGAGAAACCAGAUCUACCGGCAGUGGAGAAGUUUCACUACCUCAAAGGGUGCCUGGCAGGUGAGGCAAAGGCACUGAUCGAUCCGCUAAAGAUUACGAGGGACAAUUACCUGGUUGCUUGGCAGACGUUGCUAAAACGCUAUAAUAACAACAAGCUUCUUAAGAAGAAGCAGGUGCAAGCGAUGAUCAAAUUGCCGUCGCUCAUCAAGGAGUCAGCCACGGAUCUCCACAAAUGA